AUAUUUAACGUCGACAAUUUCGAUGCAUGUACCACUUGAUGCUGCUUAUACCUUCGGGUUAAUCUUUAUAACCUCAGGUAUAGCAGCAUUCCUUAUUAAUGCAACUAUUUUGUUUACGCUAUUUCUCCGUCGAAGCAAUCUGUUCGCCCACGUUUUCUACAUACUGAUCUUCAAUUUUGCAUUUAUCGACCUCAUCAAAAGUAGGUUGCUAUAUUCUGGAAAAGUUCAAUUCAUAUUUAAAUUUCAAUAUUAUAAGCCAAAAUCUAGACCUAGAGUCACCUUACUUUGUCGCCAUUUUUUUCUUAGAUCUGACACUAAAAUUUUUUCAAUAGGACGAAAAGUUAUUCCUGAUUUAGGUAUUUGCUCGAUCAUAUGGGCAUUAAAAUUACUUCCGAUUGGUGCCACAUCAUCAAUGCUAUUUAUGAAAAUCGAUCAAUUGGUCCUAAUGGCGUUACGGUACACGAAUCUUGCAACCAUAUUAAACCUUCUAAUGAUAACUAUAAAUGAAUAUAUUUUUAUAGUAUAUCCACUGAGGUACCGACAACUUGUAACGAGAUGGCGUGUAUUAUUUCUAAUUGUUUUAUGCAUGGUAUUGGCUUGGACUUUUACACUCUCUGUAUUAAUCGCUGGUUCUCGCGAACAGUCGAUUUACAUAAAGCCAAACUGCAUCCCACUAGCUUGCAUCGUUCGCACCAAUGUCAUCCUUGAAACUCAAUUUGCUUUCAAUAUGGGCAUAAUUGCAUUUUGCUCAUUUUGUCUUAUAAUAUCGUUCAUUUGCUAUACGACUUUGAUUCGAGUGAUUUCGAAAAUCAUUAAAAGUGAUGCUAAGUGUAAACUUAUGAGAGGAACGGAGUAUCAAAAUUGUCUGGAAAAUAGUGGACAUUCUAAACGUGAUCGUAUGCAAUUGUUGAAGAGGAAUAAAUAUGUGAUCGUAAUCGGCAGUGUUAUUGCAAUUUACACGGUAUAUCUGAUCUCAUAUUCUGCAAUUCAAAUUCUUUAUGUUGGUCGUCUUACAAGAUUUUUCCGUACGGGGCUUUCUCGUUCUAAAAUGUAUUAUGUUCGUUGGAUAUUUCAAUCGUUGAUGUGUUUACAUUCCCUUCUGCAACCGCUUUGCUAUUUUCGUAUUCGAGAAUUUCGAUCGAUGUUCAGAAAGUAUUCGUUAAUUAACUGCUAA